CCUGAUAUUUACGACCUUGCCUCUGACCCCAAAAUAUCUCAAGAACCCGGAAAUCUGGAGCCUGGAGUCUGGAGUCCGACAACAUCCAGGCACCACCCUGUGAUAAUCAUUCCCUCUUACAUAAUGCUUUGGUCUACAACUGUUCUGUUCUUCAUUCCAAACAGAGAGGGAAAUAGUCAACUCGUCCUCAUUUCCCCCCUCCCCGGAACGUGUAAAGGUGGAAGUGGCGAUGUUUUGCGGUCUGACGGAUGUGGUUUGUUGUUUCCAAGAGAUGCGUGGGCAGGAAUGAUGACGAACUUCAUGCUUUAUGGACGGUUGUUCUCACUUGGGGGAUUAUUUCAUAGUGACUUUCCGGCUUACCUUCAUGCCUCUUACAGUAUACGCGUAUGGACUAGAUGUGUGUGUGUACCAGUGUUGGCUCCUUCCCACGCCAUAGCUGUCACAUAA